AUGUCAUUCCUGAUAAAUAUGGAAUCAGAUAAUUUGUCAUCAAAAGUUUUAUUAGCAGUAAUCAGAUCAGUCAAAGAAAUUACACCAGAAAGGAGUACUAAUGAUGGCAUAUUAGCUCUUAUGAAAAAUAAAUCAAAUUUCUACAUAUUAUGGCAAAGACAACUUAAUAAUAGCAAAGAAUCGAGAACAAAGCUGCUCAAAUCAUUGACAUUAGAUGCUACAUAUGAUUGGAGCUACGGAAAUAGCAUUUUUAUUCCUACAACGCAACUUUCCAAAUUUGAAUUCGGAAUUAAUCCAUUAACUUUAAUCAUUUCUCAUUCAACAGUUGAUGAAACUCGAUAUUUUAGCAUACAGCAAGCUCAUUUUGCACAAUUUGUAUUCUUCGUAGAAAAAUUAUUGACUUACGGUAUUGCUCACCCAAAGCAUGAAAAAGUAUGGUCAUUACGUGUAUUACAAAAUGUAAAUCCGAAUUUUGGCGAUUAUAUAUCUCCAGAUAUUAUUUUAGAAACAAAUACAGACGAUCUCAAGAGAUUCUGGAUUGAUGUUGUUGAAUACUACAUUAGAAUUAUACGAUACGUACAAAAGAAUAACCAGGUUGAAGCUUUUAAUAUCUUACAAGAAUUUGACUGCGAUUCAUACAGAUAUUACAUUUUUUCAACAGUUAAUAGACAGAUAGAACCACAAAAGACAUCACUAGUUUCUUUACAAGACAUUAUGAACUCCUAUGAUGAAAACGGAGUUCUCCAAAAUUUUGAUCAAAUUAAAUCGAAAAUUUAUCUCAAUGGUGUUGAAACCGAUGCAAUAAUUCCAACCUUAUCAUAUUUAUUAUCCAUUUACCCAGUUGAUUCCACGAAAUCUCAAAGAGAAGAAAUUGAUAAAAAAUUAAAAUUUGAAUACGAAACAUUUUGCGAGCAAUCAGCACUGACACUUGAAGAACAGAUCAAGAACAACAGGACAAGGAAUUUGGCGCAAAGAGUAAUCAUGCACGAUGUCAUUAGAACCGACAGACAACAUCCAGCUUUUAAAGACCAAAAUGGAAUCGGUUUGUCACUUUUAACAAGAAUAUUAAAGGCUUAUGAAAUAUAUAAUCCCAAUUUAGGAUACGUACAAGGCAUGAAUGACAUGGUUGUUCCUUUCAUUGACCUUUUCAUUCCGAAAUGGAACGAAAAUGGUCAGCCAACAGAUAAAGAAGGAAAUUUAAUUGACGUAGGUGAUGUUGAAUACAAGAUCUUCUGGUAUAAUGCUUAUUUCCUUUUGUUGCUCAAACAGGAUGAAAGUUUGGCCAGAGUUGCUGAAUUUUGUAAAGAAAUGGCCGCAAAAACGAUGAAAAUUAUCAACAAAAUUUCACCUCCUACAUCAUUGUGGCUACAUAUUAAUAAGCUGACGGAUUUGAUGUGGGGAUACUCUGAUUACGUCAUGUUGUUUAAGAGAUCAAUCACUGAUAUAUGGCCUGUUUGGUCGAGAAUGUUGUGUUCUGAAUCUCCGAAUCAUUGGUUUGUUUACUUCAUCGCAGGAACUGUUGUUGAAUUGGCUUCGUAUAUGUCAAAACAACAGAGAGUAGUAAUAACUGCGAUUCUUACUGAGUUCACUAACUUCAUGACAACAAUAGAUCCAAUGAAAAUUUGUGAUUUCGCAUAUUAUUUCAUGAAAAAAUAUUAUGUACAAGAACCAAAAGAAGAAGAGAAAAAGGAAGUUCAUGAAGACUUAAAAUAUGAGUUUUUCAAACUUUAUUGCGAAUAA